GAGAUAUGACUGAGUACAGCUCCUGCCGGCGUAGCCUUAACAAGUCACAACAACAAGGAGGCAACAUGGCGGCCGCUCUUACUCGAGCAGUUUACUCUGUAGUCAGAAAUGUUCCAAGAGUGGUUGUGCCACGUGUUGCAGAGAUGAGACUGUGCAGCACCCAAUUGCAUCCUACUAUUCGACCUGAAAAUGCCGUUCAAAGGCAGACUUUGAGUGAGUUUGGGCAAUAUGUAGCAGAGUGUCUACCAAAGUAUGUACAGAAGGUACAGAUCACAGCAGGGAAUGAACUGGAAGUGUUGAUAGCUCCUGAAGGAGUGGUGCCUGUUAUGUCAUUCCUAAAAGAUCAUACUAAUGCUCAAUAUACAUCCUUGUCUGACCUGUGUGGAGUUGAUGUUCCAUCCAGGGCUUACCGCUUUGAGGUAGUGUAUAAUCUUCUCUCAAUGCGUUACAGUAGCAGGAUCCGCGUGAAGACUUAUACAGACGAGUUGACGCCACUUGAGAGCAUUUAUGAUGUCCACAAGGCAGCCAACUGGUAUGAACGGGAAGUGUGGGACAUGUAUGGAGUAUUCUUCUCCAACCACCCAGACCUUCGCAGAAUUCUUACAGACUAUGGCUUUGAGGGCCAUCCCUUAAGGAAAGAUUUUCCACUGUCUGGUUAUGUAGAGGUUCGAUAUGAUGAUGAAGUAAAACGUGUGGUUGUGGAACCCCUCGAGCUAGCUCAGGAAUAUCGCAAGUUUGACCUUUCAGCUCCUUGGGAACAGUUUCCUAAUUUUAGAGACCACAGUGCUGCAGAAGAGGUGCCAGUAAAGAAAGAUGAGGAGUAAGCCCUAGUUCAGCCAGGACUCAAUGUGACCCAGGAACCAACAGGGGCCCCCCCACACCCUUGUGCUCUGUAGCUGAUCUCCGACAUUCAAGGAACUUUAGUACCUCUGUAACAUGAUCGACCAUCUAUUGAAGCAACUCCAGCAGUGCACUUGGUGGGGAAGCUGGGAGAUCUCUGGAUAAUGACCUCUUCCUUAAAUCUCGGGAAUCUAAUUCAAACAAGGAUCACAUUUAGGCCAAAAAAAUGUUAUCAGGAUGUUAGUCACCCAAAUAUCCAGUGAUAGGGAGGAGAAGGGAAAGCUUUCCAGAGCAGAGGCAACCCCCACACAUUACAUUUAAGUCAAGAGAUACCUUGUGCAGUGGCAGGAUUAAGGUAACAGUUUGGGUGAAUGACUAGCCACACAUUCCUACCCCAGGCUGAGGACCACCCAACCAACCAACCAACCAACCACAGGCUUCCACCCAAGGUUACACAAACAAUACUUGAGACAGUACUAAUUGCACGAGAAUUAUGCCUGCCCUCAGCAAGCACCUGCAAAUCAAGUGCACAGGAAGACAUGUGAAAAAGCCCAAAUGUUGUACGACCCCUAUGGGGCUAGCAUUCCCUGAAUACAAGACCCAAUGGAAAGAAUGAGUAAGCAAUGAGAAAACGGGGAGGGAUAAAACCAGUGGCACAACAGUUUAAAAUAGGACCAGGUAGUGUUACCAUAGCCAAUGACAGCAAACACUAGCAUACCAGCUGCAAUUACUAACUUGCAAUUCUAAUUUUUGCAACAUUACUUUGCAGCACAUUAAAACAUUUAACAGUUACAAAUUCACAAUUAAAGAAAAUAAGAACGAGGGGGAGGGGGCUCCUUUUUCAGAUGUGCUUACCG